GCUGUGGAAUAUGGAUCCAUGAGUGUAGUUGGUUGAUAGUACGCACACAGCUAUAGAGAGAGACAGAGAAAGAGAAAGAGAGAGAGUUGGAAUUGAAGAAGAUCUCCAUAGCUGCUGCAUCGAGAGCUGUAUAUCGAUAGAUAUAAUCAACACACUUCAAAACUCCUGGAACAAUGCGGAGACCAGGUUUCCAUCACCGGCAGCCUGGGAAACCAGGGGGAGGAGGAGCGGUGAAGGGUACUGUGGGGAGGCUAUCGAUCGCUGUUGUGGUCCUCGUGAUCUGUACUAUCGCUUUCUUGAUUAAUUUCACCAGCAAUGAUGCUACUGGAUCUGUAUCCCGUUCCCAGCUAAAUGUAGAAGAACUAUGGGAAAGUGCUAAUUCCGGUGGCUGGAGACCAUCAUCAGCUCCCCGCUCCAAGUGGCUUCCACCAUCAAUUGGAAGCAAUGGCUACCUACGAGUACGAUGUAAUGGUGGUCUCAAUCAGCAACGAACUGCAAUUUGUAAUGCGGUUUUAGCUGCACGAAUCAUGAAUGCAACCCUUGUGCUGCCAGAGUUGGAUGCAAACUCAUUUUGGCAUGAUGACAGUGGUUUCCACGGUAUCUACGAUGUUGAGCAUUUUAUCAAGGCAUUGAAAUAUGAUGUAAAUAUCGUGGAUAGCAUACCAGAAAUUAAGAAAAAUGGGAAAACCAAGAAGAUAAAAGCUUUUCAGAUUCGUCCUCCUAGGGAUGCUUCUGUUAGUUGGUACACUACAGAGGCUCUAAAGAAAAUGAAAGAACACGGUGCUAUCUACCUUACCCCUUUUUCUCAUCGUUUGGCAGAAGAAAUUGACAACCCAGAGUACCAACGGUUGCGAUGCAGAGUUAACUAUCAUGCUUUAAGAUUUAAGCCACAGAUUAUGAGGUUGAGUCAAUCUAUUGUUGAUAAGCUCCGGACUCAAGGUCACUUCAUGUCUAUUCAUCUUCGUUUUGAGAUGGAUAUGCUGGCAUUUGCUGGGUGUUUUGAUAUUUUCACUCCUGCACAGCAAAAAAUACUAAAGAAGUAUCGGGAGGAUAAUUUUGCACCAAAAAAGCUAAUAUAUAACGAAAGAAGGGCUAUAGGUAAAUGCCCGUUGACUCCAGAAGAGGUUGGCCUUAUUUUAAGUGCUUUGGGCUUCGACAAUUCGACCAGGAUAUACCUAGCAGCUGGUGAACUAUUCGGCGGCGAGAAGUUCAUGAAACCAUUUCGCUCUCUAUUCCCUCACCUAGAAAACCACAAUUCUGUGGAACAGACAGAGGAGCUAGCAGGAAACAACCAAGGAUUGUUAGGAUCUGCUGUGGAUUACAUGGUAUGUCUCCUCUCGGACAUUUUCAUGCCUACAUAUGAUGGCCCGAGCAACUUCGCCAACAACCUCCUUGGACACCGUCUGUACUAUGGCUUCCGAACUACACUCAGACCUGACAGGAAAGGUCUUGCUCCAAUCUUCAUUGAUCGGGAAAACGGGAAGACAGCAGGUUUUGAAGAAGCGGUAAAGAAAGUCAUGCUCCAAACAAACUUCGGGGGGCCACACAAACGGAUCCCACCAGAAUCUUUCUACACCAAUCCCUGGCCGGAGUGUUUCUGUCAGAUGUCACCAAAGAAUCCAGCUGAUAAAUGUCCCCCAAACAAUGUCCUGGAGAUUCUUAACGAUCAGCUUGAAAGCCAGAUUGAAAAAGAAGUGAGAAAUGAUACAGAAUCAUUGAACUUAAUAAAAUCUUCAGUAUCUGCAGAAGAAAGAUGAACACUUAGCAAUCGAAUUUAUUGAGUGAUUAUUAUACUAUCAUACUACUGAACCCUUGAACCAAACUGAAAAGGAAUGGGUUUUGAAAAGCAUGCUCACCAUUCAGGUCACCAGGGAUGUGAAGAAGUAUAUAGCUAUAGAGGAGUAGCAGUACAUGAUUAGGCAGAUGCUAACCGAUAUAUGAUUAUUGAUUAUUACUGCAAAUUUGUUGUGUUUUUGUGAAUCACAUUUAAUUUCCAAAGCUCUUAUCAUUGUUGGAUAAUAGGAGUCUUAAACCACAUUACUUUUAAGCUUUGUAUUUAGGACACUUUGUUGUGUUUCUUAGCUAGAGUGUAUAACACGGUUAAAUUGCAUGUACUUGUAUGUUUUAAGUCCCAUGAGAAUGUGAGAGUUUGACAGAGAUUGCUAUAGUGAUAA